AUUUAUUUAAAUAUGGGACAGAUAUUGUUGCUCUGCGCACGCCGCACCAUUUGCAAUAUUUCGUGUAACUUUUACCACGCACUUGUUCUCGCUGCGAUCUUCCUAAAUUUCAAGUAUGCAAUGUUCAAGAGGGAAUUCCAAGUCAAAGUCAAAAUGCAAUUGAUUGAUCCACAUUAAUGGCAGAGAAUAAAGGAGAAGGAGACAUGGCAGACAAUCUAGCCACACAGACCAGUGCAGACCAGGCAACAACUGCCAGUGCUAAGCUGAAGAUACAGCAACAACUACAACAACAGCAAGAACAACAGCAGCAGCCUGCGACAGCCAGUGGGUCUACAGUUAUAGCAGCUGAGAACAUCACACUACAGAGCUUGUUGAACAGCGUAGCUCCCAAUUCUUCAAUAGAGGGCAGCACCAUACGAGUGAUCCAAGUCAGUAACCCUGGGGACCUGGACACCCUAGGGGAUAAAGUGUGGCAGGUGAUCCCCUCCUCCAGUAACGGGGAGAUCUCAAUUAUUGCUGUCAGCCCAAAUGAAGGUCAAGGUGGAGGGGACACAGACAUCUCAGCACACUUCCCUGAAGGUUUACCUGUAAUCAUCCCAGCACCCAGACCCUCAGUGCCACCCCCGCCCAGGAAAGCACCCCCACCUGGCUGCCCCCCCUGGGCACUGAGGCUCAAUGAUUGUGAGACAAUAGGUGAUUCCUACAGAGGUUGGGUGGAGAGUGAGGUGGAGUUAGACCUACUGUUAACCUAUCACAAACAACAGACCAAUAGUUACUGGGGCACACGGCAGUCUCCUAGCGGCCCCCAGGCUACCAGACUCAUGUGGAAGUCUCAGUACGUGCCCUUUGAUGGGGUGCCAUUUAUCAACCAAGGCAGCAGGGCCAUAGUUAUGGAGUGUCAGUUUGGUCCCAGGAGAAAAGGCAGGCAGAAUAACAGCCUCAAAGGACCAGACAGUCAGAAAGAAUUCAAACAAACAUGUCCAGCAAGAAUCUACAUUAAGAAAGUGAAAAAGUUCCCAGAAUUUGCUGUAGAUGUCAACCAAGACAAAAAGACUAUGAAACAGAUGAUGGAUAAAACAUUCCAAGAACUGAAGAAACGUGGGAGAGACUGGGAGACUUUAGGACACGACAGAUGGUAUGUCCAGCUGCCUACAGACCAGGCCCAUGAGUUCCACAGCACAUUUGUAGAGCCCAACAAUGCCACAUUUGGCGAGGUGGAAGAGCCAGGCCCAUCCAGGGUUCACCCCAGGGUGGCGCUGAAGAUACGGGAACUGGUGGCAGGGGGAAUGAGGGAGAUUUAUCAAGUUAGGAAACAGUUGAGAAAAUUUGUAGAGAGAGACUUAUUCACCAGCCCAGAUCAAAUCCCAGAGAAGCACAACUUGACCUAUUUCCCAACUGUCCACGACCUUCAGAAUCACUUUCACCAAGCUUUGAAAGACAUUGAGACAGGGGUCCUGCCUGCAGUACAUGUGGAAAAUGUCAAUGUAGAAGUUGUUACACAGCAGGCUCAACUUCCACAAGAUGGCCUACAAAUAGAGCUGACAUCUUGGCCAUCAAACAGUACCUCUGAUGACGCACAUGCCGAGACUGUCACAGUGACACUGACGCAGAAUCCAGGGGAAGAUGGUCAACAUGUGAUCUCCCGAGUGGAGACAUUAAUGAGUGAUGGGUCCACCCAGGUCAGUGACUCUCUGACCCCUGAGACAGCCCAGUUACUGUCCAAACUACACCCCAGCAUGUUCCCAGCAGGGAGCUUCCUACAGGUACAGGACACUGCAGGCCAGAGUGCAGACUCUGAUAUCAAACAAAGCUGGACUGUUAACAAAGACAUUGUCCCAGCCUCAGAGGGGACAGUCACAGAACAAGAACAACAACAACCAGAAGAAGUGACAGUGAUAGAACAGCCCCAGCAGCAAACAGAACAGAUCACAGUGGCAGCAGGGGAUGGGGCGGGACUGGAAGAUGUCACUUAUCAUAUUAUAGAAAACCAGAGAAAUGAAUAUGUACUGGAGGUGGUGCAGCCAGAAGACCAGACAGAAGAAUCCCAGGAGAACACAGGGACAGUGAUCACAGAGACAAUGGAGAUCCAGACUUCAGAAGACCAGUGCUAGUAGUGACCUCUAUAGGGAGGUGGAUUGCCCAGUAACCACACUUUUUGGUGAGAAGUUGCUUCGUCAGUGACGUCAACAAAGUCUGUUAUGGCAGUUUGUGGUGACAUGAGACAACUGUAGAACUUCCUGGUCAUUGUUGACAUUUGACAUGGGUAACUGGAUCAGAGGCCUUGACCUAGAUCAGCCAGUACUGACCUUUAACCUUUGACCCAGGAGACCAGUGACCCCAGGGUUGUACAACCACAUUCUCUGUAUGUGAUAUUUUACUGGCCAGUGUCUGUCACGUGGGGUGCCAGGGGUUUCAUGUUGAAGAUCUGUUGUCUACUAAUUUCUUACCAAAGUGACAGAGAUUCUUUCUAACUUGUUAGACUGUUAGGAGUUAUGGAAAUGUAUAUACCAGGCAUGAAGAUAGAGAGCUCCUUUAUAAGUUUUUCUCUUUUUACUCGUGAACUAACCUACUCAGACAGGGUUUUAUAUUUUUGUGAAUAAUAAUUUCAUUGCUGGACCUUGUAGAAUUACUCUAGUUAGUUAGUGUACCUCACAUAGUGCAGUGUUUGUUGGUUUCAUUAGGACACCAGCGAAAACUGCAGGUAGUUCUUUCAAGAAUGUGUUAUGACAAUUUGUCAGAAACUUCAUCAUCAGCUGGCCUGAUAAUACUGUUGUUUGAUUUUUAUCUUGGUUUAUUUUUCUGGGAGACAAUGGUUUUUACAACUCUUUUUAAGAAAGAGACUCACACUGCACUGAUUUGCUUGAAUAUGGUGUUGCAC